AACAUUCUCGACGAAGACAUCUCUUUUUUCAAAAUCUAACCCAACCAAAAUAAUCAGAGUAGCCGCAGUUCUUCCCUCUCUCCUCUCUCUGCGGCAAACCUCUGUUCAUCACUCUCAACUACUGAUCUUCGCGUUCUUCCUGAAAACCCCCAUUUCAAUCCUACACUUUUCUCGUAAUCCCAAUCAUUAACAAUGCCGGCCCCUGAUAUAUUGGGUGACCGCCAAUCUGGCCAAGAUGUUCGCACUCAAAACGUGGUUGCAUGUCAAGCAAUCGCCAAUAUCGUUAAAUCCUCACUUGGCCCUGUUGGUCUCGACAAGAUGUUGGUUGAUGAUAUUGGAGAUGUUACAAUAACAAAUGAUGGUGCUACCAUCCUCAAGAUGUUGGAAGUUGAGCAUCCUGCUGCUAAGGUACUUGUGGAGUUAGCUGAACUCCAAGACAAAGAAGUUGGAGAUGGAACAACUUCCGUGGUUAUUUUCGCUGCAGAGUUGCUUAAGAGGGCGAAUGAUUUGGUGAGGAAUAAGAUUCAUCCAACAUCUAUAAUAAGUGGAUUUAGGCUUGCAAUGAGGGAAGCAUGCAAAUAUGUUGAUGAGAAACUUGCAGUGAAGGUUGAAAAGCUCGGCAAAGAUUCACUGGUAAAUUGUGCAAAGACAAGCAUGUCAUCAAAGCUAAUAGCAGCAGAUAGUGACUUCUUUGCAGGCCUGGUAGUAGAUGCAGUACAGUCAGUAAAAAUGACGAAUGCACGUGGUGAAGUAAAGUAUCCUAUCAAGAGCAUCAACCUUUUGAAAGCUCAUGGAAAAAGUGCAAAGGAAAGUUAUUUGUUGAGAGGAUAUGCUCUUAACACAGGUCGUGCUGCUCAAGGAAUGCCCACCCGUGUGUCUCCAGCAAAAAUUGCCUGUCUUGAUUUUAAUCUCCAGAAAACAAAAAUGCAAUUAGGUGUUCAGGUGUUAGUCAAUGACCCAAGAGAACUUGAGAAAAUCCGACAAAGGGAAGCAGAUGUGACCAAAGAGCGAAUUGAAAAACUAUUAAAAGCUGGUGCUAAUGUUAUUCUAACCACCAAAGGCAUUGAUGAUAUGGCACUUAAGUAUUUUGUAGAGGCUGGUGCAAUUGCUGUUAGACGUGUACGGAAGGAUGAUAUGCGCCAUGUAGCCAAGGCCACCGGAGCAACACUGGUUUCCACUUUUGCUGAUAUGGAAGGUGAGGAAACUUUUGAACCAUCAUUUCUUGGACAAGCAGAAGAAGUAGUGGAGGAACAUGUUGCAGAUGAUGAUGUCAUCAUGAUUAAGGGACCCAAAACAACUAGUGCGGUUUCUUUGGUUCUCAGGGGCGCAAAUGAUUAUAUGCUUGAUGAGAUGGAAAGAGCCUUGCAUGAUGCUUUAUGUAUUGUUAAGAGAACCCUUGAGUCAAAUGCGGUAGUAGCUGGUGGAGGGGCUGUUGAGGCUGCGUUAUCUGUGUACUUGGAGUACCUAGCUACCACAUUAGGAUCAAGGGAGCAGUUGGCAAUUGCUGAAUUUGCUGAAGCCUUGCUAAUUAUUCCUAAGGUUCUUGCUGUGAACGCUGCUAAGGAUUCAACUGAGCUGGUUGCUAAGCUGCGGGCUUACCAUCAUGCUGCACAGACCAAAGCUGACAAACAACAUUUGUCCAGCAUGGGAUUGGACCUAUACCAGGGCACCGUACGUAACAACCUUGAAGCUGGAGUCAUUGAGCCAGCAAUGAGCAAAGUCAAGAUUAUCCAGUUUGCAACGGAAGCAGCUAUUACUAUUCUUAGAAUAGAUGACAUGAUCAGGCUUGCCAAGGAUGAGAACCAGAACGAUGAAUAAGUAGGAAAUGUUAGAUGGGAAGAGUAGAAUCAACACCGUGGGCGACUACAGUUUUGGGCGUUGCUUGUACUGAAUAUCUAGAUUUGGCAUCAUGGACUGUGAUAAUGAUGGUUGGCAGGCGUGUUUACGUUUACCUGCCUCGAAUUUUGUGCGUGUUGAGAUAGAAAGUUGAUCUUGGAUUUGUGUUGCUUUGUUGGCUCUAUGAAAAUUUAGUUCAUGAUUUGGCAGAAUGUAGCUGUGGUAAUGCCUGGAUCUAAAUUAUUAGAAUUCAGAACAUAUUGUAUCUUAUAUCAGAAAGAUGCAAAGGCUUGUAACAGUAAUAUUUUUGCAUUAAUUUGUUGUUUGAUGUUUUUUUAAAUCACUAAUUGAUGUCAACUUUGUUAUCUUCAA